GAAAAAUAUUUUUCAAAUCGUCAAACUAUUUAAGAUCAUAUUAGUUACAUUAAUUAAUAAGCAAAAUAAUAAUAAUUCUAUAUCCGAUAUUAUGUACUGCUUUUAAUAACAAUUGUCUGAUAGAAUGCAUAGUUAUUCAACAUAAAAUUAUAUAAAAGCGAGUUUCGGAAAUGCGUAUUGUGUAGCAAAAUAGCAAGUUGAGUGAUUAUUUUGGUGUACUUGGGUACUUGUAAAAAAAUAUCAUAAGAUUCGUGGUAAUCUGAGUUGAAUAAAUGUGAUUUAAUAGAAUCUCGCGAACAAGAAGACAACAACAAUACAGAAAUAUGUCUGGUGUGCCGAAUGAUUGGCAAUUAGAAUGCGUCGAAGUGAAGCAAAGGGGAGAAUAUCUCCUGAAGUCUGGGCAAUGGUCGGAUUGCACAUUCUUGGUGGGAACAGAGCCCGACCAAGUGGUUAUUGCUGGCCAUAAGCUGAUUUUGGCGAUGGCAUCUCCAGUUUUUGAAGCAAUGUUCUAUGGUGGUAUGGCAGAGAGGAAUGAGCCCAUACCUAUACUAGAUGUCCAGCCAGAGGCUUUUAGAGCUCUGUUAGAGUACAUAUACACGGAUAAUAUCAACAUCAGUUCCUUUGAUAAGGCCUGCGAGUUGUGUUAUGGAGCUAAGAAGUAUAUGUUGCCUCACCUGGUGAAGGAAUGCACUAGGUACCUGUGGUCAGACCUGUAUCCGAGGAAUGCUUGUCGUGCUUAUGAGUUUGCAAGGCUCUUUGAAGAAAAUGUACUUAUGGAUAAGUGCAUACAGAUCAUCAGCACAAACACCAAAGAGGUUUUAAAUGACAGCAGUUUUGAGGAAGUGGAGUUGAACACAGUUAUGACAGUGUUUUCUUUGGACCAUUUGAAUGUGGACAGUGAACUAGACCUAUUUAAUGCUGCUGUGAGGUAUGCCAAGGCUCAGGAUAAGAGGAACUCAGAAAGGAGUGUGUCUCCACCAUCAGAGAUUGGACCUCCUAAUGAGAAAAGGCCUAAAAGCCCUGGACCUUCCACUUCUAAAGAUAAACCACAGGUGGUGAAUGUUGAAAGUAGUGCCGAGAACAGUCCAGAAGCAGUGAUGGAGCCAGCAAAGUCCACCGACAACUCUGACCAGCCCUUGCCUGGACCCUCAGACGAGAGCAAGAAGAGCAAACCUGAACCAAUACAGGUGUUUGAAUUGUGUGGGGAGUUCGAAAAUAUACUGUCAAAUGGGGAAGAAUCAAUAAACUAUGCAGAAAUCCUUAAUUCCAAAAUUGAAGAUCCUAAAACUGAUAAACCAACAAUUCGGAAAGCAAUUGAGAAGAUCCGUUUCUUGACGUUGACGCCUCAGCAGUUUGCGGAGGGACCUGCUCGUUCCUCUCUUCUCACAGAAUCUGAAGCGUUUGCAGUUCUCAUGAAUAUUCUGUCCAGCACUUCGGAUGUGGCCAUGCCAAGCGGCUUCUCUACCUGCAGAGUGCCCAGGAAGCAGCUUAUUGGUGAUGGACCAUCUUCUAAUAUGGCAACGUUAACGGUGGACACUCCCAGCCCGGUGAUGUUGGAUCAAGUAUUCGGAGCACCGUCACAUCUCGCCUGCCUACCUCCCUACCCCAGACCUACGCGACACGAUGUAGGUACAAGGCACUCCUCAAUAGUCCAGAACAUGAACCUGUCCGCUGGCCUGGGCGUAGGGGUUGGCGGGGUGGGGCUGGGGGUGUCUGAGCUGCCCCACCUGGACCGUCACGGCGCGGACUACAACAAGAUCUACUGCCAGCGACCUAUCAUCCAGCACACCGACUGUCUCAACACUUCUGUCCUCGACUGCUCCGUUACUUUCAUGGUCGAUAAGAAUAUCUGCCUGCUAGGUGUGCAGGUGCCGACUCAAGCCCCGAGCGAGGAGAGCGGAGUGUCGAUGGCGGGCGGCGUCGGCGGCGGGGGCUCCUACUGCGAGCUCUUGUACGCUCACCUGCUGGACGCGGACGGGGCCCGCCUCACCUAUACCCACUACACGAGCCGCGUGCCCUACCGACAUCUGCUAGACAUCAUGUUCAACAGACCCGUCUACAUACAAAGGAAUAAGGUGUACAAAGUGGGUAUAGUAUUCAACAAAGUAGGUUGGUAUCCCAUGGGCACCUGCGCCCAGCAGGUAGCAGCUGAAUCUGUCUUCUUCAACUUUGGCAUCGGACAGAGCUCAGACUCAGUCCGAGAUGGACUCAUAAGGUCCAUUAUCUUUACCUACUAGCAUACACUGCCACCCGAUCUUUGCUUCGUUUUCUAAAGACGAACAAAAGGUUGCUGGUGAAUAUAUAUAUACAUAAAUA